UUUACAAAUAAUCCAUAGACUAAUCGCGACAGAUGUUCGUUGACGGAAUUUCUACUUUGUCUUUGACCAGCUUCCUUUCUUUCUCGAUAACGUCAAGCGAGUAAAAAAAUAUUCUUUUUUGUUUUAUUAGUUUUAAGAAUAAACUUGACCUUUAUCCGCGAAUCAUGUAAUUUCGUAACCCCUCUAACAUUUGGUUUUUUCCUACAACUUUAUGUGAUGGUUUUAUGUUAUUACCAAGUGUAAAUAAUAUUGUUAGGUUAGGAACUGAACGUUAUAAAAAAAUUAGUUUUACGAUUAAAUAAUUCAAAAAUUACUCCAUAAAUAUGGAUUUCGUGAAGCGAGAAGAAAGCAAUAUACUGGAUGAAGAGAACUACAAAAUUUACAUGGAAAACUUACAAAAGUCACAUCAAAUCGACACAACAGAUUACCAACACACAAUAUCAAUGGAGCAACUUCACCAAGCUGUCGUCCAGUCUUCCUUAAACUCCAGUACCAUCGUACACAACUUCCAACUGCCCAUAUCACCUCGACAAAUGUCCACACUCAUGCUGAAGACCAACCAUUUGACCCGCUCCUUAAAUUUUAACGAACUACCAACCCAUUUACCAAAAAACCUAGCAAUGGAUAUGGAAAUACUCGGACUGCCCAAUGACCUUUCACAGAAUUUAAGGCACGAGGACUUAUUAACCCAAAACUUAUCCAGAAACGUAGAUAAUAUAAUGCUGGCGCGUACCUUGAACAAUGAUUUAGAACUACAGAAUAGUUUAGCUCACAUACAGAAUUUGCAAGAGCAAGAACUAAGUAGAAACCUAAGCACAGAAAUGACCCAUAAUUUGAAUAGAAUAAACAAUUUAUCACAUAAUAUUAAUCGUGAAAUAUCUCAUGAUUUGGGCAACGAAAUUGAUUUGACACAUCUGAGUCGACAGAAUUUAGAGCAAGAUAUUAUUAUGAAUCAGGAAGAGUCACGGAGGAGUCCGUUGGGUCAAAAUGUUGAUAGUAAUUUAUUAGAACAGCAUAUAUCACAAAGGCUGGAGCAGCAUAUGGCUUUAAAAUUGGAUCAGGCUGUGGAAAGAAUUGACCAAAAUCAAAGGUUUGAUCAAACAUUAGCUCAAAGGUUGGAUCAGUCGUUGGCUCAAAGGUUGGAUCCAUUGCCAUCAAGGUUGGACUCAAGGUUGUUGAAUGGGAAUGUACUCCAUGAUCAAAGGGUUUUGGAACAAGCUGAACAUUUAUUUCCGUUGCCAAUGCAUAUAAAGUCGGAGCAAGAGGAUGAUGGUUAUUUUUAUGAUAAUAUCAAUCAAGGAAUGAGCAGUAGCAAUACAGGAAUGAAUGGUGAAAUCCCACCACACUCGGACCACUCCACCCCGCAACCGAAUACCAACAUACAUCAGGACUCAUUAUAUACACAUACAGUAUACAAUAACCAUAAUAUAUCAGUACCAGCUCUAAACCCUAUAGACUUAUAUUCACGCCCCCAAAACUACGUACAGAAUUACGUAACGGAAAAUCCCCAAAAUCUAGUCGUACACAGACAAUACGACAACUCCAGCCCUUAUACGGAAGAUUUGAAAAAGUUACGUCAAGAUUCCGUAAAAAAAGAUGCCAAAACCGCGCAGCCUAAAGAAAACCUGAAGCCUACGGAUCAGAAUAAAAUGUACUACGAAUAUGCUAAUGAUUAUGUUAUCGUUGGGAAGAAUGAAAACGAUUCCAAUAGUAAAUUGAAUGAAGAACUAGCCAUGAGUAUAAAAGGGGAGUAUAUAUGCUACAAAUGCAAUGAAGUAUUCCCAUCUAAAAGAGUGCUGAAACAACACGCGAAAUUAUGCGAUAAUGCAGAUGGUACCGAUGCAGAAAAGCAAGGGAAAUUCAGUUGCAGCCAAUGUGCCUACCGAUGUCAAUCUCCAGCGAUACUAAAAAUCCAUGAACGCACUCAUACCGGUGAAAAACCGUAUGCAUGCACUUUCUGUGAAUAUAAAUCCGGGCAAAAAAACAAUGUAGCGAAACAUAUUCUAGUGCACAUGAAGGCAAAACCAUUCGGUUGCCAAUAUUGUGACUAUCGCUGUGCACAAAAGAACAAUUUAGUAGUUCAUGAACGCACCCACACAGGCGAUAAACCGUUCGCAUGCCCAUAUUGUGAUUACCGGACGGUGCAAAAACCUAACUUAGUCAAACAUAUGUAUUUGCACACCGAUCAGAAACCGUUUAGCUGCGAUCUGUGCAAUUAUAGAUGCGUGCAAAAGGCAAACUUGACCAAACAUAAGCAAAGGCACAUGAACGAAAAAGAUGGGGACAAAAUUGAUAUCAAAACCCAAGUUAAACCGUACAAGCCGAGACAGAAAUCAGUCAAAUGUCCGCUCUGUCCGUACAGAUGCGUUCAGAAAUCCAGUCUAGAAAAACAUAUGCAGUAUAAACAUGUUGAUGCCGAGUGUCAGGACAAUUUAGACUGUGGUCUCAAUUUGAUGAAAAGUGUUUGUGAUACUAAAACUGUUAUAACUGAUCAUCACAGUGAAGUAGGUCAUGAUCAUCACAGUGAAAUAACUCAUGAUCAUCACAGUGAAAUAGCUCAUGAUCAUCACAGUGAAAUAGCUCAUGAUCAUCACAGUGAAAUAGCUCAUGAUCAUCACAGUGAAAUAGCUCAUGAUCAUCACAGUGAAAUAGCUCAUGAUCAUCACAGUGAAAUAGCUCACGAUCAUCAUAGUGAAGCAACUCAUGAUCAUCACAGUGAUGAUCACGGUUUGAACCUGAUGAAAAAUGGUCAUUUGACUAACAAUGAACACGUGUCCGUUUUUCGUAAGUGUGUAAAAGAUUCUAUUUGAAAAUAAGUGAAAAUAGUGCUGGAACAUUAACUUUUUUUGAAUUGCAUGACUUUUUUUCUUUUUGUACAUAACGUGAAUCUAGUGAUGUUUUUUUUUAAUUUUAAAUUUUAAUGAUGUAAGUAAAUAUAAGUGUUUUCAGGAAUCGAAGCCUGAAACUAUUAAUAGUACUUUUUAAUGAAAAGGUGCAAAAGUUCCCUACAUUAAUUAUGUUACUUGUAAAAUAUAAUGUUUUAAUAACAUAAAAAGAAUGGUGCAGUCUUGCUUUCAAAUGACCAUCCCAUCCAUGUACGUCUGUCUGUCAGUGGACUGUAACUCGUGAACCGUAAUAGGUAGAGAGUUGAAAUUUUCACAGAAUGUGUAUUUCUAUUGCCCCUUUAACAACAAAUAAUUAAAACUUCUAAAUGGCUGCCAUGAAAAUUAAAAAAAAUAAAAGUGUUAUUUCUUGGUCAAUGCUAUGGAACAUUUCGUGUGCUAGUCAGACUCGCAUUUGUCCAAUUUUUUUGAUUUUGUGUUCCCAAGUUACGCUUAACUGGGAUAUUUCAACUGAAAUAAUAAAGGUAUUGUUUUAUUAUUGAUAGAAAUAAAAUCUGUUGUUGAAAUCGAAAAGAUAUUAGAAAUGAAAUUAAUGUUUCGUAAUGUUGGAGUAGUGCCCUUGUGAGCAACUCAUAGAAAAGUGUACAAAAAUAAUUCAAAAGAUCAUAUCUAUAUCAUGCAAUCAAGCUAAAUGAUUAUAAAUUAUGCAAAUCAACCUAAAUUACUCGUAAAUUGUAAAGCUAUGAAAUUAAGUACUCUUAUACAAUAACAAGGUUCUAAUUUCUGUGUGUGUAACAUAAUUAAUGGAUGGUCCCAUAUUAAAAACAUUUUAAAACUACAACCUAAAAUGUGGGUAGGUAGUUUGAAAUCUUCCUAUUAGUAGGCUAAGACGCGUUUAGUCAUGUAGAUAUUUUAAUUUUUU